AUUAUGGUUGUACAAGAAUGACACAAAUGUUUACGAUUCAAGAAAAAGGAUAGCAGCAUGGCCGCUUUAAACAAGACAACUAAAGGUCAGGUAAAAGAGGACGAAAAGCUUAAAAAAGACAAGAAAUAUAUUGUUCAAGGUUUAAAUGGUGGUCCUCAGGAAGAUGAGACACCACAGAAGAUAACCAAAGGUAAAUCGGGGAAAACGGAAAGUAUUGAACUCAAGUUAGGAACUACCGAAUUGCCUCUGGAAGACGCUCAACUGGUUUUGGAUCAGUACAAAAAGUUAAAAACAGACGAUAGGUUCGUAAACACAUCAGGUUUUCUAACAGAGCUUUUCCGGAAGUUGCAGCCAUUAGAGAAGGGCCAUUCCACUAGAUUAGAAGUGGACAUGACAGUAAGGCAGUUCCAGGAUUAUAGUGAAGGAUUUAAAUACAAAAUGGAUGCUAAACCAAGAGGUUAUGCACUAAUCAUUAGUAAUGGAACAUUUUACCAGAUUCCUGGAGACCCUUUAAGUAGAGAAUUACCAAAAAGACCUGGAGCAGACACUGAUGCAGAAAACCUGGAAACAGUUUUAACGGGACUAGGAUUCCGUGUAGUUAGGAAAGAUAACCUGAAAAAAUGGGAAAUGGAACAUGAAAUAAAGACCAUAGCACGUACUGACCAUAAAGCCUUUGACUGUUUUCUACUUAUUUUGUCCAGCCAUGGAAAUAUAGGGAAACUAUACGGCAGUGACGGGCAACACGUUUUGAUAAGUCAACAAUUAAAGUUGUUCAAACAGGAAGCGUGCAAAGAUCUGAAAGGCAAACCAAAACUGUGUUUCUUCCAGGCCUGUCCAGUUGGCGAAGAAGAUGCUUUUCUACAACAAGCUUCUGAUAAACAAGCAUCAAACUAA